GAAGAGAGCUGAAUGGCUUUGGAAAAUUUGGCCAGACCUCUUGUGAAGAGAAAGACCUGUGGAGAUCCUUGAGUCCAUUUUAUAGCUGUAUUAUACAUCAGAGAGAAGAUGGAGGGACAACACCCAGCAGAUGCAGAAGUUAGAAAAGGCCCUCCAGCUGCUCAGCCUUGGAGCUGUGGGAAGAAUGGGGCAAGUCCUGGGCAGAAGAGCCACGAAGAGGCAUCCAAUAAUUCAGAGGUCCAAUGCUGUCACUUCACAAAAGUGCAGUUUCAGGAGGGGAGCCGUCCCCGAGAUGUUUGCACUCAGCUUCACUACCUUUGUCGUCAGUGGCUGCAACCAGAAAAACACACCAAUGCUCAGAUGCUGGACCUGGUGCUCCUGGAACAAUUCCUGGCUGUCCUUCCCCCAGAGAUGGCAAGAUGGGUGCGGGAGUGUGGAGCAGAGACCAGUUCCCAGGCGGUGUCCCUGGCUGAAGGCUUCUUGCUGACUCAGGAGGAGGAAAACAUGCAGGAAGAGUUGCAGAAAUGCAUGGAAGCUGUGCCUGAGUAUCCUAAGGAGGGGAAACAUUCAUUCAAAUCUUCUCAAGAGCUGCUGUUCAGGGAGAACUUCCAGAAAGAUCAAAGCCAAGACGCUACAGGUAUAGCUGAACCGCUACUUCAGGAUGUUGUGUCUUUUGAGGAAGUGGCCGUGUAUUUCUCCAAGGAGGAGUGGUCUCAACUGGAUGCUGAUCAAAGAGAGCUCUACAGAGAAGUCAUGCUGGAGAAUUCCAGGAAUCUGGCUUACCUGGGCUUUAAUGGGCAAGAGAAUAUAAAUUGCAAGGAGGAAUGCCAAGCAAUCCAUUUGAAAGGGGGGGAAAGGAAAUUUGUAGCUCAGAUGAAACUAAAGAGUGAUGACACAAAGAAAUCACAAAGUGGAAUUAAAAAAGAUCUUCCUGUGGUCAGUUGGCUUCCUAAUAAUACAGUGAUCAAUUCGGGAGAAAGACUACAUAAAUGCAUGGAGUGUGGAAAGAUUUUUAAUAAAUCCGAUCAUCUCAUUUCUCAUAAAAAGAAACAUUCUGAAGAGAAACAAUUUACUUGUAUGGAGUGUGGAAAGACCUUCCGUUAUAAUUACUCUCUUAUAAGACAUCAGAGGAAUCACACAGGAGAAAGACCUUAUAAAUGCAUGGAGUGUGGAAAAACCUUUAUUCGUAGCAGUCAUCUUAAUUCCCACAAGAGGAUCCACUCAGGAGAAAGACCUUAUGAAUGCACAGAGUGUGGAAAGAGCUUUGCUCAUAGCAGUUAUCUUAAUUCCCACAAGAGGAUCCACUCAGCAGAAAGACCUUAUGAAUGCAUGGAGUGUGGAAAGAACUUUGCUCGUAGCAGUUAUCUUAAUUCCCACAAGAAGAUCCAUACAGGAGAAAGACCUUAUGAAUGUUUGGAGUGUGGAAAGGGUUUUAGGCAGAUGAGUGCUCUGAUUCACCAUAAAACUAUCCAUACAGAGGGGAAGCCGUAUCAAUGUAUGGAAUGUGGAAAGACCUUUUGUUAUAAUUACUCUCUUAUAAUCCAUCAAAGGAAUCACACAGGAGAGAGACCUUAUAAAUGCAUGGAAUGUGGAAAGACUUUUAUUUAUAGCAGUGAUUUUAAUUCUCACAAGAGGAUCCACACAGGAGAAAGACCUUAUAAAUGCGUGGAGUGUGGAAAGAGCUUUGCUCGUAGCAGUCAUCUUAAUUCCCACAAGACGAUCCACACAGGAGAAAGACCUUAUAAAUGCAUGGAGUGUGGAAAGAGCUUUGCUCGUAGCAAUUGUCUUAAUGUGCACAAGAGGAUCCACACGGGAGAGAAGCUAUAUAAAUGCAUGGAAUGUGGAAAGACUUUUACUUAUAGCAGUGAUUUUAAUUCCCACAAGAGGAUCCACACAGGAGAAAAACCUUAUAAAUGCAUGGAGUGUGGAAAGAGCUUUGCUCGUAGCAGUCAUCUUAAUUCCCACAAGACGAUCCACACAGGAGAAAGACCUUAUAAAUGCAUGGAGUGUGGAAAGAGCUUUGCUCGUAGCAAUUGUCUUAAUGUGCACAAGAGGAUCCACACGGGAGAGAAGCUAUAUAAAAACAUAGAAUGUGAAAAUCUUCGAGAACUGAGCAUGCGCCGGCCUCUUUCACAAGAGAGCUGCGUGCUUCCCGAGGCAUUUUUCAGCAGAGGCUUGAGAGCUUCUCCGCUCUUUCUACGGUCUCCGAUUCUUCUUCCCACCUUUGCUGUGAACUUUCGGGUGAGCCUUUCUAGCAAAGGGAAGAGGCUGCAGGGAAUUCUUGCACGGUCCGAGAUCCAGACAGUCCAUUUUGUAGCUGUAUUAUACAUCAGAGAGAAGAUGGUGGGACAACACCCAGCAGAUGCAGAAGUUAGAAUAGGCCCUCCAGCUGCUCAGCCUUGGAGCUGUGGAAAGAAUGGGCCAGAUCCUGGGCAGAAGAGCCAUGAAGAGGCAUCCAAUAGUUCAGAGGUCCAAUGUUGUCACUUCACAAAAGUUCAGUUUCAGGAGGGGAGCCGUCCCCGAGAUGUUUGCACUCAGCUUCACUACCUUUGCUGUCAGUGGCUGCAACCAGAAAAACACACCAAGGCUCAGAUGCUGGACCUGGUGCUCCUGGAACAAUUCCUGGCUGUCCUUCCCCCAGAGGUGGCGAAAUGGGUGCGGGAGUGUGGAGCAGAGACCAGUUCCCAGGCGGUGUCCCUGGCUGAAGGCUUCUUGCUGACUCAGGAGGAGGAAAACAUGCAAGAAGAGUUGCAGAAAUCCGUGGAGGCUUUGAUUGAGUAUCCCAAGUGGGGAAAAGAUUCAUUCAGAACUUCUCAAGAUCCGAUCUUCAGGGAGAAUUUCCAGAAAGAUCAAAAUCAAGACACUACGCAAGAGAGUAGAAAGCCGUCCUUGUACUUUUUAGAAUCAUCUCUUGUUGCUGGAGCUGAAGGAUUAGCUGAACCGCUACUUCAGGAUGUUGUUUCUUUUGAGGAAGUAGCCGUGUAUUUCUCCAAGGAGGAAUGGUCUCAACUGGAUGCUGACCAAAAAGUGCUCCACGGAGAAGUCAUGCUGGAGAAUUUCAGGAAUCUCUUUUCUCUGGGCUUUAAUGAACAAGAGAAGAAGAAUUGCAAGGAGGAAUGCCAAGCGAUCCAUUCGAAAGGUGGGAAAAGGAAAUUUGUAGAUCACACCCAAUCAGAGAGUGAUGAAACAAAGCAAUCACAAAGUGGAAUUAAAAAAAGUCUUCCUCAGGUCAGUUGGCUUCCUAACCAUAGAGUGAUCGAUAUGGGAGAAAGACCAUAUAAAUCCAUGGAGUGUGGAAAGAGGUUCAAUAAAUCCGAUCAUCUCAUUUCUCAUGAAAAGGCACAUUCAGAAGAGAAACCAAAUACCUGCACGGAAUGUGGAAAGACCUUCUCUUAUAAUCACUCUCUUAGAAGACAUGUAAGGAUCCACACAGGAGAAAGACCUUAUAAAUGCAUGGAGUGUGGAAAAACCUUUACUUGUAGCAGUAGUCUGAAAUCCCACAAUUUGAUCCAUACAGGAGAGAAGCCAUAUCAUUGCAUGGAGUGUGGAAAGGGUUUUAGGAAGAGUGGUAAUCUUAAUACCCACAAGAGGAUCCACACAGGAGAGAAACCGUAUCAGUGCAUGGAGUGUGGAAAGACCUUCUGUUAUCAUCAUUCUUUUAAAACCCAUAAAAGGAAUCACAAAGGAGAAACACCUUAUAAAUGCAUGGAGUGUGGAAAGACCUUUACUUAUAGCAGUAGUCUUAAUUCCCACAAGAGGAUCCACACAGGAGAAAGACCUUAUAAAUGUGUGCAAUGUGGAAAGACCUUUACUCGUAGUAGUGAUCUUAAUUACCACAUGAGUAUCCACACAGGAGAAAGACCUUAUAAAUGUGUGGAAUGUGGAGAGGGCUUUAGAAGGAGUUCUGAUCUCACGUCCCAUAAAUGGAUCCAUGCGGGAGGAAAAAACCAUAUGAAUGCAUGGAGUGGAGUUUUACCUCUUGUGAACGGAAAGACCUGUGGAGAUCCAUGGGUCCAUUUUGGAGCUGUAUUAGAGACCAGAGAGAAGAUGGAGGGGCGACACCCAUCAGAUGCAGAAGUUAGAAAGGGCCCUCCAGCUGCUCAGCCUUGGAGCUGUGGGAAGAAUGGGGCAAGUCCUGGGCAGAAGAGCCACGAAGAGGCAUCCAGUAGUUCAGAGGUCCAAUGCUGUCACUUCACAAAAUUGCAGUUUCAGGAGGGGAGCCGUCCCCGAAAUGUUUGCACUCAGCUUCACUACCUUUGUCGUCAGUGGCUGCAACCAGAAAAACACACCAAGGCUCAGAUGCUGGACCUGGUGCUCCUGGAACAAUUGUUGGCUGUCCUUCCCCCAGAGAUGGCGAAAUGGGUGCGGGAGUGUGGAGCAAAGACCAGUUCCCAGGCGGUGUCCCUGGCUGAAGGCUUCUUGCUGACUCAGGAGGAAAACAUGCAAGAAGAGUUGCAGAAAUGCACGGAAGCUGUGACUGAGUAUCCCAAGAACAGGAAAAAUUCAUUCAAAUGUUCUCAAGAGCUGCUGUUCAUGGAGACCUUACACAAAGAUCAAACUCAGGACACCACUCCAGAGAGUAGAAAGCUGUCCUUGGAGUUUUUAGAAUCACCUCUUUCUGAUGAAGUUGAAGGAUUAGCUGAACCGCUACUUCAGGAUGUUGUGUCUUUUGAGGAAGUGGCCGUGUAUUUCUCCAAGGAGGAGUGGUCUCAACUGGAUGCUGACCAAAGAGAACUCCACAGAGAAGUCAUGCUGGAGAAUUCCAGGAAUCUCUCUCCUCUGGGCUGUAAUAGAGAAGACAAUAAGAAUUGCAAGGAGGAACACCAAGCGAUCCAUUCAAAAGGGAGGAAAAGGAAAUUUGUAGAUCAGAUGAAACCAAAGAGUGAUGAAACAAAGCAAUCACAAAGUGGAGUCAAAAAAGGCCUUCCUCAGGUCAGUUCGCUUCCUAACCAUACAGUGAUCAAUAAGAGAGAAAGACCAUAUAAAUCCAUGGAGUGUACAAAGAGGUUCAAUAUAUCCGAUAAUCUCUUUUCUCAUAAAAAUACACAUUCAGAAGGGAAACGAUUUACCUGCAUGGAGUGUGGAAAGUCCUUUACUCAUAGCAGUCAUCUUAAUUCCCACAAGAGGAUCCACAAAGGAGAACGAACAUAUAAAUGCAUUGAGUGUGGAAAGGGAUUUACUUGUAACAAUACUCUUUAUUACCACAAGAAGAUCCACGCAGGAAAGAAGCCUUAUAAAUGCAUGGAUUGCGGAAAGGCCUUUUAUUUAAGCAGUAGUCUUAAUUCUCACAAAAGGAUCCACACAGGAGAGAGACCUUAUGAAUGCAUUGAGUGUGGAAAGACCUUUACUGCUAUGAUUCCUUGGACCUGCACCAUUCCCUGCCAGCCCACUCUGAUGGGUCGGGUAGAUGUGACUCGCAAGGGAUGGUCUCUCAGAAAGACCAACGGAGACCCGUGGGUGCAUUUUGGAGCUUUUUUAGAGACCAGAGAGAAGAUGGAGGGACAACACCCAGCAGAUACAGAAGUUAGAAAAGGCCCUCCAGCUGCUCAGCCUUGGAGCUGUGGGAAGAAUGGGGCAAGUCCUGGGCAGAAGAGCCACGAAGAGGCAUCCAAUAGUUCAGAGCUCCAAUGUUGUCACUUCAGAAAAGUGCAGUUUCAGGAGGGGAGCCGUCCCCGAGAUGUUUGCACUCAGCUUCACUACCUUUGUCGUCAGUGGCUCCAACCAGAAAAACACACCAAGGCUCAGAUGCUGGACCUGGUGCUCCUGGAACAAUUCCUGGCUGUCCUUCCCCCAGAGAUGGCAAGAUGGGUGCGGGAGUGUGGAGCAGAGACCAGUUCCCAGGCGGUGUCCCUGGCUGAAGGCUUCUUGCUGACUCAGGAGGAGGAAAACAUGCAGGAAGAGUUGCAGAAAUGCAUGGAAGCUGUGCCUGAGUAUCCUAAGGAGGGGAAAGAUUCAUUCAAAUCUUCUCAAGAGCUGCUGUUCAGGGAGAACUUCCAGAAAGAUCAAACUCAGGACACCACUCCAGAGAGUAGAAAGCUGUCCUUGAAGUUUUUAGAAUCACCUCUUUCUGAUGAAGUUGAAGGAUUAGCUGAACCGCUACUUCAGGAUGUUGUGUCUUUUGAGGAAGUGGCCGUGUAUUUCUCCAAGGAGGAGUGGUCUCAGCUGGAUGCUAACCAAAGAGAACUCCACAGAGAAGUCAUGCUGGAGAAUUCCAGGAAUCUGGCUUACCUGGGCUGUAAUAGAGAAGACAAUAAGAAUUGCAAGGAGGAACGCCAAGCGAUCCAUUCAAAAGGGAGGAAAAGGAAAUUUGUAGAUCAGAUGAAACCAAAGAGUGAUGAAACAAAGCAAUCACAAAGUGGAGUUAAGAAAGGCCUUCCUCAGGUCAGUUGGCUUCCUAACCAUACAGUGAUCAAUAAGAGAGAAAGACCAUAUAAAUCCAUGGAGUGUACAAAGAGGUUCAAUAUAUCCGAUAAUCUCUUUUCUCAUAAAAAUACACAUUCAGAAGGGAAACGAUUUACCUGCAUGGAGUGUGGAAAGUCCUUUAAUCGUAGCAGUCAUCUUAAUUCCCACCAGAGGAUCCACAAAGGAGAACGAACAUAUAAAUGUAUGGAGUGUGGAAAGACCUUUACUUGUAACAGUAAUCUUUAUUACCACAAGAAGAUCCACGCAGGAGAGAAGCCUUAUAAAUGCAUGGAUUGUGGAAAGGCCUUUUAUUUAAGCAGUCAUCUUAAUUCCCACAAGAGGAUCCACAAAAGAGAACAAGCGUAUAAAUGCAUGGAGUGUGGAAAGACCUUCUGUUAUUCUGAGUCCCUUAUAAUCCAUCAAAGGAUCCACACAGGAGAAAGACCUUAUAAAUGCAUGGAGUGUGGAAAGGGAUUUACUUUAAGCAAGCACCUUAAAUCCCACAAGAGGAUCCACACAGGAGAAAGACCUUAUAAAUGCAUGGAGUGUGGAAAGACCUUUACUUGUAGCAGCAGUCUUAAUUCCCACAAGAGGAUCCACACAGGAGAGAGACCUUAUAAAUGUAGUGAGUGUGGAAAGACAUUUAAUCGUAGCGGUAACCUUGAUACCCACAAGAGGAUCCACACAGGAGAAAGACCUUAUAAAUGCAUGGAGUGUGGAAAGAGCUUUACUUGUAGUGGUCAUCUUCAUCGCCACAAGAGGAGCCACACAAGAUAUAAGUCAAAUAAAGGUUUGCAGUGUGGAGAGGGCUUUUUGUAAGCUUCUUUUUUCUCCAAGUAGUUCUCGUCAUAUGACUGCAAUUGAGGCCAAAAUUUCUGUUGCUAAGCGAGACAGUUAUUGCGUUUUGUGCCAUUUGACGACUUUUCUUGCCACAUUUGUUAAGUGACUCACAAUAGUUGUUAAGUUAGUAAUACUGUUAUGAAAUGAAUCUGGCUUCCCCAUUGGAUUUGCUUGUUAGAAGCUCACAAAAGGUGAUCACAUGAUCCAGGGACUCUGCAACUGUCAUAAAUCUGUUGCCAAGCAUCUGACGUUUGAUCAGGUGACCUUGGGGAUGUUGCAAUGGCCAUAAGUGUGAGAAAUGGUCAUAAGUCGCUUUUUUCCAUGUUGCUGUAACUUUGAACAAUCACUAAAUGAACUGUAGUAAAUCGAUGACUACCUAUAGUUGUCUAAAAUCUCAUACAAGUACCAUUUGAGUAAUUUAAUUUUUAAGUCCUUUUAUAGUCAUUUUUUGAGUGUAUUGUGAGCCGCCCUGGGUCUUCGGAGAGAGGCGGCAUAUAAAUUGAGUAAAUGAAAUAAAAAUAAAUAAAUAAUUCAAAUAAAUUGUUUACCUUCUUA